AUUCUACAGUCGAACUGGAACAGGACGUGGCAGCUGAAGCGCAAGCUGCCACAAAAAGGACCGACCCUGUUUCCUUUACGCAUCACACCUAAAGAACAACAAGCACAUUGGAAAAAAAAUUGUGAGGAACAGGAUAAAUCAUGGCAGAAGCCCAUGUUGCUGUGGCUUUCAGUUUUGCCAUCACCCAUGAAGGAGUCAAUAUCAAUUAUGAUAGAGAAGUCCUUAAUUUGGUGUGGAACAGUGGAGUUCGUUCUUGGAGAAAAAGGUUUGCUCGUUUCAUGAACAAUAUCCAUAGUGGCAUUUACCCUGCUUCUCUUUCAAGUUUGUUCAUACUUAUUGCUUUGAUUGUGGCCUUGUUCAUUACUAAUGUUGAUCCAUCAUUCGGAUUGAUCAGGCACCUGGAGUAUUACAUUCCUGGUGAAUUGGCACCUUUCACUGUGCAGUUGGCUGCUUGUGUAGCAUACAGUUUCUGCUUAUGGGUGACUGUUAUCCUGUUCCUUCGUUAUACUUUAAAAUUAUUGCUUAUGUACAAAGGAUGGAUGUUUGAGGGACGUGGUGCUCGAAAAACAUCUUUAAAGACUUAUAUCUGGGCUGCUUUGGUGCGAACUCUUACUAUGAAAAGGCGUCCAAUGCUGUAUUCUUUUCAAAGCUCCUUGCCAAGACUGCCCUUGCCUUCUCUUGAAGAAACAAUGGAUAGAUACUUGAAAUCAGUACGUCCCCUAUUAGAGGAUGAGCAAUACAAGAAAAUGGAGGUCAUGACUAAGGAAUUUAAAGAAGGGGUUGGAAAAAAACUGCAGCGCUAUUUGUGGUUGAAGUCUUGGUGGUCAUCAAAUUACGUCACUGAUUGGUGGGAAGAUUAUGUGUAUUUAAGUGGACGAUCACCUUUACUUGUAUACAGCAACUGUUACGGCUUGGAUUAUAUUCCAUUGCCUACACGAUCACAGACUGCCCGAGCAGCAAAUUUUAUACAUGCUGCAAUGAUUUUCCGAAAACUGCUGACCACUCAGACACUAAAGCCGGUGACGAUUCAAAACUUCAUCCCAUUAUGCGCUUGGCAAUAUGAACGAAUGUUUAAUAGCACUCGCAUUCCUGAUUUUGAGAAAGAUAGGGUAGUUCAUCUCUCAGACUCCCAGCAUAUAGCCGUUUAUAACAGGGGAAGAUAUUACAAAAUGAUGCUGUAUAACAAAGGCCGUCUCUUGAAACCAGCAGAACUUCAAGUUCAGCUGGAACAAAUCAUUGAAGAUGAAAGCCAACCUGUUGCUGGAGAACACCACUUGGCAGCCUUGUGUGCUAAUAAUAGGACAAUAUGGGCUAAUGCCAGAAAUACAUAUUUCUCCAAAGGAUUGAAUAAAGCAUCACUGAAAUGUAUAGAAGAUGCUGCCUUUUUCCUUGUGUUAUAUGAUGAAGAGUUGGACUUUGAUGAAAAUGACCCAUCAAAGUUGAAUGAGUUUUCACAAGCAUUGCUUCAUGGGAAAGGCCACAGUAUGUGGUUAGAUAAAUCUUUCAAUUUAGUUGUUUCCAAAAAUGGAAGGCUUGGGUGUAAUUGUGAGCACUCAUGGUGCGAUUCACCAAUCAUGUCUCAUUUUUGGGAGUUUUGUAUUGGAAUGGAAGCAUUAACUCUCAAGUAUACAGAAGAUGGAAAUACCAUUGGAGAAGUCAAAGAACAACCCCCUAUUCCCACUAGACUUAAAUGGGAUUUGCAUCCUGAGUGCUUAGACUUAAUUAAAAGCUCAAUGCAGAAUGCUCUUGCAAUCAUAUCAGAAGUGGACCUGCAAGUAUUGUACCAUGCUGAUUAUGGGAAGAAUUUUAUCAAAAAAUGCAAAGUCAGUCCAGAUGCUUAUGUUCAAAUGGUUCUUCAACUAGCUUAUUUCAGAGAUGCAGGACGCUUUAAUUUGACCUAUGAAGCAGCGAUGAUGCGUCUGUUCAGAGAAGGCCGAACUGAAACUGUGCGCCCUGUGACAUUAGAAUCUUGUGAAUUUGUCCAUGCGGUUGACAAUCCAGAUUGCAGUGCAAAGAAGAAGCUGGAAUUGCUGCAAAAAGCAUGCAACAAGCAUCAAAAUUCUUAUUUAAAUGUGAUGUGCGGAAAAGGAAUAGAUCGACAUAUAUUUUGUCUUUAUGUUCUUUCAAAACAUUUAGAGGUUGAUUCUCCUUUUCUCAAAGAAGUUCUGGGAGAGCCUUGGAGACUUUCCACUAGUCAGACUCCUCACAAUCAAGCUGGUAUAUUAGAUACUAGAAAAUAUCCAGAAUAUGUUUGCUUGGGUGGUGGCUUUGGACCUGUUGCAGACGAUGGGUAUGGCGUUUCAUAUGACAUAGCAUCUGAAGAUGUCAUGUUUUUCCAUGUAUCUAGCAAGAGAACAUCACCAGAAACUGAUACCAAACGGUUUAUUGACUGCAUACAAAAAGCGCUUGAUGAUAUAAAACAAAUAUUUUUAGCUGCUAAUUCAGAAAAAUGAAGGUCAUUAAAUGCUUUGUGUUCUGUUCAUAAAGACUUCUGCUACUACAUACAUAAAAGAAGAUUGCAUUUAAGCACGACUGCAUGAUGCUUCAUACAUUCAUAUGAGGAAAGUGUUUUUAUAUCACCAUUAAAUAUUGAUCUUAAUGGCAUUUAUAUUUUCUCAAAGUGUGACUUGCAGCUUCUGUGAUUAGAAAACUUUCUUUCCCCUCUGGCUGAUGUCAAGUUAACUUUUCUCAUCUCUUGCCCACUUAGUAUGAGAGUAAGUUGUGCUGUGAUAUGUGUUCAGUACCCUGAAAUUUUAAAACGUUGUUAAUUUAGCUUUUAUGAUGUUUUCUUUGUUAAAUAUGUUGUUUUGCAUUUUUAGCCCUAUCAGGACUGUAAUUGUGACAAUCAAGCCAUAAAACUAUUCUUUGUUCACAUUAUUAAUUUAAGGAAUUUUAGUGUUAAACCUUGUGUUGUUUGUCACUUUUGUGGCAUGUUUGGUUUUACAUGAAAAUGCAUUUUUGGUUUUAAAUAUUUUUCCUAGUUAAAAACUGAAAGACAAUCUAGUUGCCUUUGUAUUAAUUAAGAAUUGUGAGAAAAAAAAAAAAAAAAGGAUUACGCUGGGGGCAUUAAGUUGCAAGUUUUAAGUCUCUCUGACUACAUAUUUCUGGGAAUAACUAUAUUAUUGCAUAAUUAUGCUAAUUUUUGUGUAAUUUUGUUAGUCCUUAUCGAUGAGAGAUUUUAUCUUAAAAGUCUCUAACUAGUCAUGCAUUUUUUCAACUUUGUAAAUACAUUUAUCUAGAGUAAAACUUCUGAAAGUCCAAAUUGCAAUUUUUUUUCUUGUAAAACAAGAAUUUUGAUAGAACAAAUUAUUUAGAAAGUUGGAAAAAAUUUCAUUUUUGUUUUUGGAGGCAGAAUGGGCACACUUUGUAUAUAAGCCUACUCUUACACCUGUUCUCUAAGACUAAUCAAAUAACACUCAGAGUAAAAAAAGCAAUGCAUUAUUAAAUUAUUUUUUCAUGAAUGUAUUUUGUGUUGGAAGUUGAUAGAAGAAAGGCAAGAAAAUAAAUCCCAUACAUUUUCUUGUAUCUACUUUUAAAGUUCAUUUAUUUUUCAGUGCAAGUCUUUAAAAAAUCUUGGUUAUUGUAACUUUCAUUUUUCUUUUCAUGUUAUCUGUAGGUUUUUUAAAAAACUGCAUGUUUUAUUUUUUAAUGCAAGGAGGGGAGAAAAAUUGUGGUAGUUGCAGAAAUGCAUUCUAUUGUUUUUCAAGCAUUGUCAGCAAUUUUAGAUUCAUACUGUUUUAUUAGUCCUAGAAAUUUUAACUCUCAUAUAAUCACUAUGUGCUGAUUCUAUUUUUUUAAUCAAUUGUUAUUUUAAAAAUCUACUUACAUUUUUCUCAAAACAUUCCAUUUUAUUUAUGAUUUCAGAUAAAUCAUUAAAUUUCUUGCUUUCAUUUUAGUGUUGGACAUUAUGCAAAAUUUUAAAACUUAAAAUUCUUAUACUAACACUAAAUAUUAUUCACUAGGCUAGCUUUUACCUUAAUAAUGUUUCCUUUUGAACAAGUUUUAUAACAUUUGUAAAUAUUUCAUUUAAACAGUUAACUCUAGACAUUGUAUAUGUUUUAGAUAUUUUCACCCUCUUUUUGGUACUCAUAUUUUUAUUUUAUGCUAUCAUUUAAAUUAGGAUUUUUCAUUUAAAAAAAGCAAUUUUGUCAAUUGCAAUGCAAAAUACUUAGCUCUUUUGCUGGUAUACAUACACUAUAUAACGCUUUGAUCAAUGUUUGUUUGCAAAAUAAAUGACUACACUUUCAUGUUGAAGACGAGUUCCUUUUUAUAGAUCUUAUUCAGAAUUCAUAACUGUAUAGAAGCAAUUUGAAUUAUUUAUGUGCCAUGAGGCAGAUAACAAUAAAUAAAUAGCUAAAUCGUCAGCUUCAAGAAAAAUAUCACUCAUGAACAAAAUACAUGAGGUUUUUAAAUUAGCAUAUUAGCUUUUUAAGAUAAUGUUUGAUUUUAUGCAAUAUAAAGCAAAGCACAAAAUAAAAUAUUAUGUUCCUAAACUGUUUUGUAUUGUUGCUUACUAACUUAGGCAAGACUAAUAAGAUAAAAUUGUUUUUAUGGUUCCUUCCAAUGGUAAAUUUUUAGUCAUAUUCAUAUUUGGUUAAAAUUGCUAAACAAAAAAAAAAAAAAAAAAAAUCAACUCAUCUCAUUGUUCUAUUGAUCCCAAUCAUUUUAAUCAGUUUUGAGGUGUAUUCUUUUAUAGUGUUCCUAUGAAAUGUCUUUAAUGCUCAUAAAUACAUUGUUUUCUGUUUUUAAUGUACAAUUUAAAUGGCUAUUCCUGAUAGGGCUAAUUUGAUGGUUAUUUUUUCAACAAUUAUAAUUCUUAUGUUCUGUUCUGUGCGUUUACGUAUUAGAACUUGAACAAAAUACUUAAUUUCAACUUUUUAUGAAUUUUCACAUUCCAAAAAUUUUGACUACUAUAUUUUAUUAUUCUUUUUAUUAUACUUUUUAACAGUAAGAUGCCUUUUACUUUUUAGGGGAUAUGUUCUAACUACUUAACUAUUUUACCCUAAAAACAUUCCUUUUUUAAACAGAAAGUUGCACUCAAGCAUUUAAUCAUUGUUUAGUUUUGAUUUAUUCCGAUUAAUACUACUACAUCAGUGAAAAUGUUGAUCAUGAAUUGGGUUUUUAAAAAAGCCUAAAAUUUGUCUACUUUUUAAAUUGAUUAAUGUCCUUGAAAAUGUUGUUACAUAUGUUUCCAUUACAUUCAUCUUUUUGCAUAACAUCAGCUUGGAAUUCAAUUUUUGAUAAUAUAAUAAUCUUAUAGUUGAAGCUCUGAAUUGUAGAGUUGUUUACAUUACUUAUAAAGAACUUUCAAAUCUCAAACUAUAAUUUUUUUGUGCUUAAAUAAUAAUUAUACACUAUAUUACCAAAAGUAUUGGGGCAUUUUCAAAAAUUCACAUUUUUACAGAUUUCUCAAGAAAUAAAAGAACAAUUGCUCUGUAUUUUUUUUCACAUAAAAAGUAUACUCCAGCUUUCAUUUUCCAAUAAAAAAUAAGUCUACUAUUCAUUUUUGGAGACCGGCAACAAAUUGAGGAAAUAAAAAAAGUUUUUGAUCAUUUUUCAUUGUAAACAGCUGGGAAUAAGCUACUUUCACGAAAAUAUAAAAAUAAGUUCUUGAUAGUUUUUUUUAACUAAUUUCUGAAUAUUAUAGCAUAUUCCCAGCUAUUUAGAAAAAAAAUGAUCAAAAAUCUUUUUUUGUCUCCUCAAUUUUUUUUGCUGGUCCCCUAAAUGAAUAGUAGGCUUAAUUUUUAUUGGAAAAUGACAGAUGGAGUAUACUUGUUAUGUGAAAAAAAUUACAGAGCAAUUGGUCUUUUACUUCUCUAGAAAUCCAUAAAAAUGUGAAUUUUCGAAAGUCCCAAUACUUUUGGUCAUAUAGUGCAUAUCUUAUAUAACAUUGAAAUUUCCUACAACUAUAUACUACUGAAUUUUAGUCUGAUGAACGAAGUAAAAAUGAAAGAUUAGUUCAGUCCAUAUUAAAAGAACUUCUGUAUUUUUUUAAUGCUGCCAAAGUUUUGAUCAACUGUUUAUCUGAAAAACUUGAAAUAAAAUGAAAACUAGUAAUUAAAAAAGAACUAUUAGUAUAUUUUUGAGUAAUUUUUUUUUUUGCUUAAUAUUUUAGUUUCAACUUGCUUUUAAUUUGUUGAAAAUGUUAAAAACUUUUGCUCAUUUUAUUUCCAAAAUAUUUAUCUGUAAAUGUACCUGUCUGAAAUUUAAGGAAAUAAAGAACUGAUGCCUAUUUUAACCCAUAUAUAAUAUGAGUUUUCAAAAUAACAAUAUCAGUUUUAAAGAAGCGUGAAAAGAAAAAGAAGUGGAAAAUAGAAGUGGAGUUAUUUGUUUUUAAUUUUAUUAUAUAAUAGCAUAAUAAAAGAAAUAUGUUUAAAAAAAACUUUUAUUUCAAAAACUUUUGUACUUCUUAAAAUAUUUUUCAUGUCUUACAUUGCUUUAUUUCAUAAUUUUGUUUUAUUCACACUUUGCUUUUGGAUCUUGUUCAAACAAUUGAUAAAUCAUUUUUACAUAGUUCAGUUUGAAAAAAGUUAUAGACAUAGUAAAGAAAAAGGAUUUAAAUAGUUGAUUGAUUUUAGGAUACUUAGCCCCUCAAACUACAAGUAUUUCUUUUUUUUUAGUGUAAUUACUUACGAGCAUAAGCUCUUUAUUUAAUGAUAAUAUGAAUGAUUUUAUAUUAUGUCAAAUGUUGUAAAAGACAUUUGAAAUCAAAAUUUGGUCUUAUUUUUGUGUCCAGCUUCUUGGGUUGUUAAGAUGCUAAUUUGUAAAUACAAAUUGUUCCUUGUCUCAACUUUUGGUUUUAGUGUAAGUGUUAUUGAGUUCCAAACUAAUCAUUGUUUCAAAUUAAUUAUGUAUCUAAUGAAAUUGAUUUUUCUAUGCUUGUCUACAUACUUUACUUAUUUUUUGACUCAUUUGCUAGUAAAUGUCUUAAUUAAUUUCAGAUAUGUUCAUAAUAUGAACUACUUUCACGUAUUGAAUAAAAUGUUGAACUUU